AUGGCCAGCCUCCCCGUCUCUUUUCCCAGAUCAGAGCCAGCUGCAAAUCAUUGGGACUUUGAGCUGUCAAAGGAUGCUCAAUGCCAGACGGGCUGCGGAGCUCAGGCAUUACAUGCUGAGGAUGAGCACUUUGAUAUAGUCUUUAUUGAUGCUGAUCAAAGGAACGCUGUUAACUACUACAGCUUUGUCAUGGAUAACCACUUGCUUAGAACGGAUGGAGUGAUCUGUGUAGAGAAUACGCUCAUGAAAGGACAAGUCUACCUGGAGAACAUAUCUGAUGAAAAUGUGCUAGCUGUCAGAAAAUUAAAUACAGUGAUUAAUUCAGAUCCUCGUGUUGAGCAGAUAAUUUUACCUGUGCAAAGUGGAUUGAGCAUCAUUCGAAGGAGCCCUGCACCUCCAGAUGCAGUGAUUGAAUCCAAGAAAGAAGUGGUGAGGGAUGACGUCUUCUGGGGUUAUAACAAGCGCCGCAUCCUUGACCGGCUGCGUUUGGAUGGCAAGGUGGCCUACGUCACAGGCGGAGGGCAGGGAAUUGGAAGAGCCUUUGCUCAUGCGUUGGGGGAAGCUGGUGCUAAAGUAGCCAUUGUGGAUCUGGUCCUUGCAAAGGCAGAAGCAGUGGUGCGUGAGCUUAGCCUCAAAGGGAUUAAAAGCAUUGCCAUCGCAGCAGAUAUAAGCAAACCCGAGGAUGUGCAAAGGAUGGUGGAUACAAUUGUAGCUCGCUGGGGCACGGUUCACAUCGCAUGCAACAAUGCGGGGAUCAAUAUGAACUCUGCAAGCGAAGAUACUUCCCUGGAGGAAUGGGACAAAACUUUUAAUAUUAAUUUACGAGGAUUAUUUUUGUGCUGCCAAGCUGCAGGCCGCAUUAUGCUGAAUCAAGGAUAUGGGAAGAUAAUUAACACAGCAUCUAUGGCAAGUUUAAUAGUCCCGCACCCGCAGAAGCAGUUGGCAUACAACACCUCGAAAGCUGGGGUCGUAAAAUUAACGCAGACACUAGGAACCGAGUGGAUUGACAGAGGAGUAAAAGUCAACUGCAUUUCCCCGGGCAUCGUGGACACGCCGCUCAUCCGCUCCAAGGACCUGCAGCCGCUGGUGCGGCGCUGGCUGGUGGACAUCCCCGCCGGGAGGCUGGCUCAGGCGACCGACCUGCAGGCUGCCGUUGUCUAUUUGGCCUCCGAAGCCUCGGACUACAUGACGGGCCAUAAUCUGGUCAUCGAGGGUGGCCAGAGCCUGUGGUGAGGGGCAUCCUCCAGCAUCCCCUCUCAGGGGCAUAGCUCGCCUUGGAAAGUGCGUAUUAGACUUUAGCUUAGUCCCAGUUUUGGCCUGCGCGGCUAAGCGGCCAGCUGAUACGGAAUGAUUGUUUUGUUUCGAGUGUUGCUUUGGAGACUCAUAUAAUGCAAAAAAAAUAUAAAUUGAUCCUUCAUUUUCAACAUUUUCAUGUUUUCCACUAUGCAUUCAGAUUACCGUUAAAUUAGUGUUUAAUGAUAUAAAGGCACAUUUACUGCAGUGAGAUUUGACUAUUAUUUAGUUUAACAGGGGGCAUUUUUAAAGCAAUCAAUAUUAGCUGGUCUGUGUAGUAUGUUGUUCUUAGGUGAUUUUUUGUAUUCAAGUUAUUCCAGUGACAUCUGUGAGAAGUGAAAAACAGUUGGAUGUAGUGUUAAAAAAAAUAAAUUAGUUCAUUGCAUUUGAA